CUACGAUCCUGAAGGCGUCCGGCGCUUAUUUAUAUUAUAACGAGUUUGUCAAAUCAUCUCCGCGUAUCAUCAAAUAGUUCUGUGCGAUUACAUUUUAGCAGUCGGUUUUUCUCAGUACCGCAAAGUUCAGAAUAAUUUGUGAUUUCCAUCAGCGUCCACACAUUGACGUUAUCCAUUAAUCGAGAAAUUUCAUUAAUUCAAAUGAAGUUUGACAACCUUUCGGAUUAUUAUUACAGGACUUUUAAAAGGAUGAAAUAAGAAUUCUCUGAAACACGACCGUCAUUAGGACAAGGUGAAGCUUACUGUGUAGAGGACAAUACCAAGAAACCCACACCUUAACCUUCCACUCUUAAAAAUUUCAAUUGGGCAAUAAGUUAAGAUGUGAUUCGACUAGUAGCUACUGAAAUAAUUUACUUUCUGGGUAGUGCCACAACGAGACUCCUGAAUUGUAAUCGAUUGAUCGGUAUCGCACGAAUUUAUUACGUGUUUUCAUACAGAAGUUACUUCAACUCCACAACAAUAGGAUGUACAUCAUUCAUUUGUUUGGUCGAUGCAUAGGUAAGAAGUCACCGUCGGCAAAAUGCGUAUUCCGAUUACGAUAAAUAAAAAUACACUAAAAACGUACAACGAUUAUGACACUAAUAAAAAAAUAAUUAACACACUGCAAAGUAAUAAUCUCGAAGAGUGGGAUAAGGAAAUUCCGAAAAAUUUGCAGGAAAUAUGUUUAGAAACAAUAGCUAAAAACUGGGAAGCAAAACCACUUCUUGAUGAAAUUCCGUUGACCAUCGAUCAAUGCCUUUUACUAGAUAUUUUACCAACGGAAUUACCCCUCGGGUUAACUAUUCCAAAAAUAAACGACGAUAUUUACUGGAAACGAUGUUAUCUACAAAGAUGGCCUAAACUGAUACCCGAAAACGUGUCUCUGGAUAUCCAAAUAAGUGAAAUAGUUAAAGUUAAUAAUGGUAGUAGAAAAAGUAGCACCACCAAUAGCGCUAGCAGCCAAAGAUCGCGAAAGUCUAGUCAAGAACAACAAAAAUCCAAUAAAAGAACGUGGAAAGAAUGUUUUCUCGAAAUGCAUCUCCGCGAAUACCUGGAGAAGCUAAAACCUGAAGAUUACGACGCUGAAAAAAUAAAAGAGCUGUCUGACUUGUGCGGAAUAUAUGUAAAAAUUUUGGAACUGCGGGAAUUACAGUCCUCAGAAAAUUCCCCUAGUCGUAUUCCUUUGAACGCAAUUGUAACGGGACUUGAAAAUUUGACCGAACUGUCUAUUUGCUUUAAACAGACAUAUGUAGGAGAAAAAUUUUCGUGGAACAUUUUGAAAAUAACACUGCAAGAUAUAAAACUGCUUGCGAAGGGUUUGGAAAAAAUUCAUCUUAAAAUAUUUAGACUAAGAAACUCCGAUAUAGACGACGAAAAAAUGAUCAGGAUAUUAAAAUCAUUACUGAAGCAUGACGAACUUCACACUCUCGACUUUUCUCACUGCAAAAUUUCUGACGAAGGUGGUGUAGCUUUAAGUAAAUUUUGUUUACUUAACUCAGUAAAUACUUUAGUUUUAGCAAAUAAUCAGAUAGGGACGAAGGGAAUGGAAGCUUUAUCUUACGUUAUUUGCCAAAGUGCUUGUCGUCUGUCGACUCUGGACCUCAAACUAAAUCCAAUUGGAAACGAAGGUGCCAAUCAUUUAAUGAAACCGUUAACGAUUGGAGUAAGGAAUAUUAAAAAUUUAUAUUUAAGUGGCUGUGGAAUUAGGCAUCUUCCUUCCUUGGGUGAAAUGAUUGAACAUAAUUCUAGUCUAGAGCAGCUAAAUCUUAGUAAUAAUUCGCUAGGAGAGGAAAUGGGGAAAAUUCUUUUACAAGGUCUAAGGUACAAUACAUCACUGACGAAAUUGGACGUCCGAAUGUGUAAACUCUUGUCUAUGGACGAAUUCGAAAUUCUUCGACGAAUUAAUAAUAACAAAUUAGCGAAGAGAUGUCCAAGAACUAUGAAAAAACCUAUAAUCAUCGAACCGCAGUAUAAUUUCUACAUUUCAGAAGAGUUAUUAAAUGAAAUUGAGAGCGCUUUUGAAAAAAUCGACGAAAAUGAAGAGGCAGUGGACGAAGUCGAACAGACGUAAACAAAGAAAAACGAAAUAAUAGACCACAAACGCCAUCGUUUUUUAUUUUUUGAAUUAUGAAGUGCUUUAAUAGUUAAUAAAACUCAUUUACUGAAAGGUUUUACAUAAUUAAAAAAAACAUUCACUAGUAAGGCAGUCAAAUGUGUCUUGUAACCUUUAAAGUAA